AUGUAUGGUGGAGAUGAUAGUGAAAAUGCAAGGAUAACAAGAUUCAAAUAUCACUUGUCAAGAGAACAAGGGAAUGAUAUAAAAGCUCGUCCUCAGGUACCAGAUGAUGUACAAGCUUUGACUGUUUCUAUGAUAAAUGAGAUUCUUGUUCAUGUCAUUGAGGAGUUAGGACCACAAAAUAUUGUUUAUCUUGUGACUGACAAUAGAUCAAAUUAUGUACUUGCUGGUGAUCUAAUAGAAUCGAGAUUAUCUCAUAUUCAUAAAACAUGGUGUGCUACCCAUGGGUUGAAUUUGCUUCUAGAAGACAUUGAUAAAGAUAUCAUUUGGGUACAAAAUGUCAUCAAGGAUGCUAAGCUAAUAGUGAAUUUUACGUAUCGGUAUACCAUUAUUUUAGAUUUGAUGAGAAAGAACACUAAUGGAAGGGAAUUGGAAAAGUAUGGUAAAACUAGAUUUGCCAUUAACUUUUUGAUGAUUCAAACUGUAUCACAAGUAGAAGAGGUUUUGAGAGUGAUGGUUGCAUCCUCUGAGUGGAGAGCUAUGAAUUAUAGCAAGAGUAAACAUGAUACAAAACUCAUAGAAUAA